CUAACGAGUUGUUGAGGGAUGCAAUGCUCCAUAGCAACAUCAGUACCAGCGGAGGAGCGCUGUCGCGGACGACCUGGGAUAAAUAUCCUGAGAAUAUCUGAAACAGGUGCUGCAUGCGGACAGCAUGGACGACCAGAAGGAGUCACUGAGGAAGAUUAUCACUACGUUGGCUCUGAAGAAUGAGGAAAUUCAGAAUUUCAUCUGCUGUCUAAAGCAGAAUCUAGAGAACCUAGAGGCGAAUUCUAACCGAGUGCAGGAGGAUCUGGAGUCAGAGUUUAGCUCUCUGCAUGCCGUCCUGGAUGAACUGAAAGAGGGCAUGGUCACACGCAUCAAGCAGGAAAGAGCCAGUCGCACAUAUGAGCUACAGAGUCAGCUGAGCGCAUGCACCAAAGCCCUAGAGAGCUCAGAGGAGCUGCUGGAAUUAGCCAAUCAGACACUCUGCUCAUCUGAGAAUGACAACUUCACUCAGGCGGCCAAAGAGAUAAAGGAUAGUGUGACUAUGGCUCCGGCAUUUCGUCUGUCUCUGAAAGCAAAGGCCAGUGACAGUAUGAAUCACAUGAUGGUGGACUUCACUCAGGAAAGAAAUAUGCUACAGGCCAUCAAAUUUCUUCCAGUGCCUGCCACACCAGAAAUUCAUGUGGUUGAAUGCCAGGUGUUUGAUAACACAGUCGCAGUGGUGUGGACCUUACCUGAACUUGACUCCAAAAUUGACCACUACAUCCUGGAAUAUCGGAGAACCAAUCAUGACGGUCCUCCUCGGGCUCGAGAAGACUACCCCUGGAUGGUGGUAGAAGGGAUAAAAGAGACUGAGUACACACUCACGGGCCUUCGUUUUGACACGCGUUACAUGACCUUUAGAGUGAAGGCAUGCAAUAAAGCGGUGGCGGGUGAAUUCUCAGAGCCGGUUACUCUAGAAACACAUGCAUUCGUCUUUAAACUGGACGCAGGUUCAUCCCAUCAGAACCUGAAGGUGGAGGAUCUCAGUGUGGAAUGGGACAGCAGUGGUGGGAAGGUAGCUGUCCAGGACAUCCGUAAGGAAAAGAACAGGACCAGCUCUCCCAUGCAUUCUCCUGCCAGGACAGCCAUGAUGUCCCCCAAAAGAGCUCCAUCUGCCAGAGUGGGCCGAGACCGCUUCACAGCAGAGUCCUACACCGUCUUAGGAGACACGAUGAUCGAUGCAGGGCAGUGUUACUGGGAGGUACGGUUUGAUAAGGAGAGCAAGGCGUUUGCAGCAGGAGUCGCUUUGCGGUCUCUAGGUCGCUUUGAUCAGCUGGGAAAGAGUAACGCUUCCUGGUGCAUCCACCUUAACAACUGGCUUCAGCAGAGCCUCACAGCCAAGCACAAUAAUAAAGCCAGAACACUGGACUGCUCCAUUCCCGACCGCAUCGGCAUUUACUGCAACUAUGAAGAAGGCACAUUGUCUUUUUACAACUCCAGAACUAAAACUCUCCUCCAUACAUUCAGAACCAAGUUCCAGCAGCCUGUUAUACCAGCCUUUAUGGUGUGGAAUGGGAGUUUCUCAGUGCAGAUGGGCCUUCAGGUGCCCAGCAUUGUGCUGAGUGGUCAGAAGCGAAACAGUAAUACAAGCAGCUCUAAUGCCAGCCUUACUUAAAUCACACUUCACUCUAGAACUGCUACACUUACGCACAGGUUUGGAGAACACCUGGCAACCCUUACACAAGCCUGGAUGCUCUUCCUGUCAUCAGUAUGUCUUGCCAGCCCAAGGGGAGAGCUGCUCUAGAUUGCUUUCCUCAUUCCUUUUAGCUCACUGAUCCGGAUCCUGUGCCUUUCAGUGUCCUGAAUUCAGACAUGAUGGGGUAUUACUCUAUUUCAACAUGCAAAGAGCUUUAAUAGCCUUGAGUUCAUGUGUAUAUCACUAGGGCCAAAAGUUGUGUUAUGUUUUUUUAGCAUUUGUUCAUUCAAAUCACAGUAUUUGAGCCACAUUUGAACAGUUAUUUCAAUGCAACAGCAGCAUGUUGGUGUUAUUGUUUGAGAUCUCAGACGAAACUGUAUUAUAUUUACACACUGAAUGUCUUUAAUUAUAUGCCUCGAAUUCUGCUACAGUAGCUGCUUCCGUGUACUUUUUAACCUUACUGUUAGUAUCAGAGUAGCACAAUAAUCUUAAGCUAAAACAUAGAAGUCAAAUGCCUUUUAUAGAAUGUAUUAAUUCUGCAGUUCCAGCAUCUGAAGAGGGAGGAGGCAAGUUUUACAAACCAUUUGGUUGUGCACGAUCAAUGAUGUGUGUGUGUUUGUGUGUGUGUGUGUGUGUGUCCAUAUUCAUGAUCUCUCACCCAGAAAGGUACUUUUCAGUGUUCUUGAUGCAAAUAUUUACCAAACUUGACUUUUUUUGUAUGCCUGCUGCAAUUACAUAUUACAGAAGACAGUAAUUUUUCUGCCACAUUGCUGUCCUCUGAAAGCGUUCACCAAAAAAUGGAAAUUCUGUCUUCUCAUCUGUUUCUCCAAAACUGUAUGACUCUGUUUCGGUGGAACUCAAAAUAAAUUUGAAUAAUGCUGGAGCUUUCAAGCUUAAUAAAGGACAUAAAAGCAUGUGAAUAGUCAUAAAAGUGCUCCAUAUAUUCCAAAGUUUCUGAAGCUAUUUGGUAGUUUUUGGUAAGAAACUGCAAUUUGUGUCAACAGAUAUUGGAAGAUAUUGCUGAAUUGGAUUGUCUGAUUCUAUUGCACAAAGCAAUCGAAUACCUUCAAAAGACUUCAAGUAUAGCGAGCAAUAUGGACUGUUUUUAUGCUGCCUUUGAAUUCAUUUUAAAGCUUGAAAGCUCCGCCUGCUACUUGCAUUAGUAAAGAAAGUCAUACCGUUUUAGAACCACAUGAGUGUGUAUCAUUAAUGACAGAAUUUUUAUUGUUGGCCAAUCUAACAUAAUCUGCAAUGCUUUUAGUCAAACACCUGAACAUUUUAAACAUUACUGUCUGAAACUAAAGUCAACCUGUAAAAUCGUGCUGUUACACUACCUGUUACAUCAAUAAAACAAAUGCCAAACA